GCCUUAAUAAUUUGUGCAUACAUACAUAUAUUUUCAUUUGCAACAAUAUUUUCAAAUUCAACGGCUGCUUACUAGCGCCAUCUGUGCUUCAGUGUACUUUUUGCGACCUCUUGGUUGUUCCAACUCGUUUUGACUGUCUGGCAACGCCACAGCGAACAGCUGAGUUGCGAACACAGCUGGCCACUUAUCCAAUCGAUAGAAGGUUGUUAUCGAUAUCAAUAAACAAAAUUGCAGCACAAUAAAUUAGUAAACAAAAAUGCGCAGCACAUGAAACGUAUUUAAAUAAAAAAAAAACAAGUUAUGGAAAUGGGCAGACUGAAGAAACGACGUAAGCAGCGCAAGCGAAAACACAAGCGAGGCAAGCAAAGGGCAACAACUGCGACAAGAACACCGAGGCAACAACCGCUAGGCGGAAUCUGGAGCAGCACUUACAAGGAUUUAAUGGAAUGGCACCAGCAGCAAGUGCUCAACUUCUGUGGCAUGCAAGAGGAGAGCUCCGCAGAAGAGGAGGAGGAGGCGAAUGAGGAGGAAUCAAACGUGGAGUUGGAGGAAGUGGAUGCAGACUAUUUGAGCUUCUUGGAGGUUACUUUAAAGCAUCAGCGGGAAUUGCAAGAGCUGCGUGCCGCAGCAGUUGCUGAAGCGAGCGAAGUAACUGCUGCACCUUCACUUGAAACAUAAUCAGAGGCCUUAUGUCGCCAUCAUCCCACCGAAUCCCUAUUUUAAGAUUAGUAUUAAGAAAGCAACAAAUGUUUCGACUCUAGUAAAUGGUGCCAAGUGAGCAGGCGCCUUAAGCACUCCAAAGCGUGGGCGUUGCGUGAGCUAACUGUAAAUGGAAGGGAAGAAGAAGCAGCAGCAGCAGCUUCUUCCCGGAACUUUGCCAGGCUAAUGAAGUUGUGUGAAGAUUCGAGAGACAGACGCACAUUAAGCCGACCAAGACAAAUGCGUGUCCAUUUGUCUUCGGCGCAUUUCAGGGCUACAAAGAAAGCUUCAAAUUGGGACUCGACUUGGACCUGGGAUUUCAUCGGGCGAAAUGUAUAACAACAGUGUGAAUUUAUACAGAACUCCAUUAAACAGGCCAAGUGAGAUGAAGAAGGUGAAGCAGGCGGCUCUCUCAUUGUUCGAGUGGGUCAUCAGCUGGCCAAAGCAUUGUCUGCUGGCCAGUGGGCGUGGCAGCGGCAUUAGUUGCCGCAUUGUGCCGCAUUUCGACAGAAAAACCUAAUUAAGUUAUUCGCGCUGCAGCCAAAAGAAAGGCAACUUGGACUCCAAUACUUGUUUCUGGGAGCUGCACAUGAAACCAACACCUUCCCUGACAAUAGCCGCAGGUGUCGCCAACGAUCUUUCUAUGGCGCAUAAAUCAUUGAGUUGGGCGAUUGAGUCUGAACUUUACUGGGCGAAAUAGAAAGUUGGCAAUGGCAGAAGGAUUCCCAUUCCAAUCUCUGUGUCUCUUUCCCUCGCUCUCUUUCAUUCUUUUUCUCUUUCUCCCUUGUCUUCUUAAAAUGGCUGCAACUAGCAGCCAGGCAACAGCUGUGUGUGAAGCGAAGGCCUCUAAUUAAAUGGGUGUAGCUGCUGAAUGUUGCUAAUAACCAACAGGGCAACAGCAGAAGCAAAAGGCAAAAAGGAGGAGGAGGAAGGAGAAAGAGAAGAAGCGGAACGAGGAGCCAACGAUGUGGAAAACAAACAAGGCAAACCCAAAGGGCUGCUGCUGUUGUUGCCACCUGUUGCUGUCUCGCUCGUCGUGUUGUUGCGACGCCAUGUUGCUGCUGCUGCUGCUGGAUUUAGCAUGCGAGACGACAACACCCCCAACUGCAGCUCAGCUAUGUGUAUCUGGCUGGGAUCAGCGAGAGAUCUGAUCUGAUGUAUUAUGCAUAUUUUAUGACAAACGAGCAGCAGCAAACCUGCUGCUGUGCUUUGGUUGUUGUUGCGGCUACUGCUGCUGCUGGAGGCCAAGCGAGCCCAGAGAGAUCGUAGAUCGAGGUCUGAGGACUGAGCUCUGAGUACUGAGGCAGGUGGCAUGGCAUGGCUUGAAGUGGCUGACAAAUUGUUGCCUACAAAUCAAUUAAAUUGCUAAUGUGCCGCGACAACAAACAAAACGCCAACAACAGUAGCAAUCACACCAACAACAGUAGCAACCACAACACCACGACAACAACAACAACAAUAACAGCAACAAGAAGAACAACAAAAGCUUUGGCAAAUCGUGUAGUAGGCUCACAAUUUAAUGGAGCCACAUUCCAGAGCCAUUGUCGUCGUUGCCAAUGCCGCCAAAGCGACCACAAGAAAUGCAUAAACAUAUUGCAGAUUGCUGUUGUUUCUGUUGUUGCUCUCUCUAGUUUUUUUUUUGGCCUGGCCUCAGCAAUAAUAAGGCGACUGCCCCGCCUCCCUCCUCCACACACAGCCACCCACUAAAGUGAGCCACGGACAAUAACAAAAGCUACUCACAAGGGCAGCAACCAAGUGCAUGCAGUCGAAGACAGUUUGCAGACACUGCAGGCAACUUGGAUUUGGACUUUAUGCUGCGCCAUAAUUGCAAAUAAAUUUAAUAGAAUUUGGGAGAGGGGAGCAAUCAGAGAGAUGGACAAGCUAGAGAUCGAGAACAAUUGUGAAAGACAGUAAAUUAGAGAGAGAGAAAAAGAAUGCAGAGAAU